CUGGGAGGCGGGUACCGAGGUCAAGCUCACCAUCCGCGUCGGCGAGAGCUUCCUCGCCGCCCAGCCCAACCCUUCGAUCAUCAACCUCGCCUUCGAGAUCCCCAACACGGUCGGCCUGCAGCUCGCGGGCUCGUAUGGUCACGACGUCUCUCUCGUCGACGGCACGCUCUUCGCCUCCAACUCGCCGAGCACCUCGCCGCUGCCCUCGCCCUUCGCGUCGCGCGCCGCCGCCCUUCCCACCGUCGUCGCCCGCGCCGUCGCCGCCGCCGAGCCACCCGCCGAUCCCCUCGCCGCCGCCCUUCCCGCCGCCGAGCUCACCGCCUUCCCCGCCGUCGCCGCCGCCGCCCCAUCCUUCUCCGCCGCCUCGACCAUCGCCGCCGCCAUCGCCGCCUCCACCGUCGCCGCCGCCUUCGCCGCCGCCGUCGCCUCCGCCGUCGCCACCGCCCUCACCUCCGCCCUCGCCUCCGCCCUCGCCUCCGCCAUCGCCGCCGCCGUCACCUCCACCUGCACCCCCGCCCUCGCCGCCGCCGCCCUCACCGCCGCCGCCCUCACCCCCACCUCCGUCGCCACCACCCUCGCCGCCACCGCCAUCGCCACCGCCGUCACCGCCACCGCCAAGCCCACCCCCGCCCUCGCCGCCGCCUCCGUCGCCGCCGCCGCCCUCCCCGCCGCCGUCGCCGCCUCCCCCAAGGUCGCCACCGCCCUCACCCCCACCACCGAGCCCGCCGCCUCCGAGCCCGCCUCCGUCUCCACCACCGCCCUCGCCUCCCCCACCAUCCCCGUCGCCUCCGUCGCCACUGUUUCACCCCCCCACCCGUUUUCGACGCCCCCCGCCUUCACCGGCAUCCUCCGUCGGCACCGGCUGUCCUCCACGGCGGGGCCGAAGCCUGCCUCCCUCGUGGCCGUCACCUUGGCGAUCUCGGCUUUUACCGCCGACGUCUUCACCUCCUACGUGGCCG